UGUGUGUGUCGUGUCCAGUCAGCUGCUGUCUGCCGUCCUGCUGCUGCUGCGUCUGUGGGAAAGCGGCACCAGAGAGAUGGACAACGAGCGCUCCACCCAGGGAACCAGCGCCCCUCUGCUGCCCCUCCUGCAGCGCUUCCACAACAUCCACAGCAGCAAGGAGGAGCCCAUUCCUGAGGAGGAGGCUGAGAUCCUCACGGCCCAGAUGAGUCCCAACGAGAGCUUCCUGCGCUACCUGACCUUACCUCAGGACAACGAGCUGGCCAUCGACCUCCGGCAGACGGCCGUGGUGAUCAUGGCUCACCUGGACCGCUUGGCUUCUCCCUGCAGCCCCCCCCACUGCAACUCCCCCACAUCGCACAAGGGAACCCUGCAGGAGGUGAUAGCCUGGGGCCUGUUGGGCUGGAAGCUCUACGCCAACGUUAACGGGCCCAUCCAUUGUAAAGGCCUGUCGAGCCUCGGAGUUGCUCAGAUCGUCUGCUCAGAGAAGGGCUUCCUCAUCCUGUCCAGCAGCGGUGCUGUUUACACCCAGAACUACAAGAGCACAACCCUGGCUCCGAUGCUGAUCCACGGUCUGAGCUCCAGAAAGGUGGUGAAGCUCGCGGCUCAUCCCGACGGGCAGCACUACUUGGCCCUGUCGUCCAAUGGGGAGGUGUUCUCGUGGGGCUGCGGUGACGGAGGACGCCUUGGACACGGAGACACCACGUAUCUGGAAGAGCCCACGAUGAUCACAGCCUUCAAUGGGAAACAGACAGGAAAGCAUGUGGCGCACAUUGCCUGUGGGAGCACUUACAGCGCCGCCAUCACCGCCGACGGGGAGCUCUACACGUGGGGCAGAGGGAACUACGGGCGGCUGGGUCACGGCUCCAGCGAGGACCAGACGACACCCAUGCUAGUGACGGCACUGAAGGGACUGAAGGUGAUGGACGUGGCGUGUGGAAGUGGUGAUGCUCAGACGCUUUCUGUGACAGAGAACGGUCAGGUUUGGUCCUGGGGGGACGGGGACUACGGUAAACUGGGCCGAGGAGGCAGCGAUGGCUGCAAGACACCCAAGCUGGUGGAGAAGCUGCAGGACCUGGACAUCGUGAAGGUGUGCUGCGGCAGCCAGUUCUCCGUGGCCCUCACCAAAGACGGGCAGGUAUACACCUGGGGGAAGGGAGACAAUCAGCGCCUCGGUCACGGCACCGACGAGCAUGUUCGAUACCCGAAGCUGCUCGACAGUCUAGAGGGAAAGAAAGUGGUGGACGUGGCGGUGGGCUCGACUCACUGCCUCGCCCUCACAGACGACGGGGAGGUGCACAGCUGGGGAAGCAACGACAAGCUGCAGCACUUUGACACGCUGUUCUCCAACAAGAAGCAGCCCAAGGCUCUGCCCGGACUCAACGCCAAGCACAUCGUGGGGAUCUCCUGUGGCCCCGGACAGAGCUUCGCCUGGUCCUCGUGCUCCGAGUGGUCCGUCGGGCAGCGCGUUCCCUUUGUAGUGGACGUCUGCCCGGUGACCUUUGAGCAGCUGGACCUGCUGCUGCGACAGGUCAGCGAGGGGAUGGACGGCAGCUCGGACUGGCCCCCCCCCACAGGAGAAGGAGUGCAUGGUGGUCGCCACGCUCAACCUGCUCCGGCUCCAGCUCCAUGCAGCCAUCAGUAACCAGGUGGAUCCAGAGGAGCUGGGUCUGGGUCUGGGCAGCGUGCUGCUGAACAACCUCAAACAGACGGUGGUGGUUCUAGCGAGCAACGCCGGC